AUGGGCUGCCACAUGCUCACUGAUCCUGAGGCGACAGAGGAGGAUAGAUGUUUCCAACUACUGAUCGCGGUCAUGCUCAGUAGUCAGACUAAGGACCAGGAGAAUGCCAAAGCGAUGCAUAACCUGCACUCACACUUCAAAGGCAACGGUGGUCUUACAAGAGCUAAUUUGGCCGGCAUGGACGAGAAGGAUCUGGAUGCUCAAAUACGUGGGGUUGGUUUCCAUAAUACCAAGACCAGGAACCUCAUCAAAGUCGCUAACAUCUUGAAGGAACAAUUCAAUGGCAAGGUACCAGACAGUAUGGAGGACCUUCUCAGUUUACCUGGAGUUGGCCCUAAGAUGGCUGUCUUGGUGAUGGAGAUAGGCCAUGGGCAUCGUGAUGCUGGUAUUUGUGUGGAUACCCAUGUCCAUCGCAUCGCUGCAAUGUUGGGAUGGACUAAGAAUGCUAAGACGCCAGAGGCGACCAGACAGCAAUUGGAAGCCCGGUUACCUCUGGAAGUGUGGCCAGAUAUGAACCUGUUAUUGGUCGGCCUAGGGCAGAUGGUCCAACAGAGACCAUUUGAACUGUUGAGACGGUGCAUUGAUUGCAUCCAUCCUUUAGCAGCAUUGAAGUUAGUUGGACGAAUAGGGUGUAACUUGAAAGUGGUGGAUAAGCUUACUGGCGACACCAUCAUGGAUGUCGCUGAGGCGGCCAACUGUGGCCAGGACGUGAUGGACUACCUCAAGACCCGGGGAGUUAAGGAGGGCCAUCGUAGUCCGGCACGGAUCACUCCCUCUAGAAGGAAACGUAAGGGAGAUGCUGGUACAGCUGAGGAGGCGAGGAGAGACUCAGCUAAAUGUAGGGCUGGUCUCGACGGUUUUACAUAUAGUGGUCAUUGA